GAAAACUUCUGGACGGCAAAUGGCGACGUAGGAAAGCUGUGGACAGAAUUGUCCACAGCAAUGAAGGCAAAUAACGGAAACGGAACCACAGAAUGUAAUCAAGUGGACAGUGGCAGAACUCCCACUGACCCUGAAAAGAGGGCAUGCAACCAUCUUACCUUAGGUUUUAACAAACUGAAGGAUUCUUCAUCGAAUGGUGGACAGUACGAACUUCUGUCCAACCCACUGUUGAGACAAACAGUGGGUUGUUUUCUUCUUAAAGAAUAUGCAAAAAAAAUGAAAGAAGACUCUAAAUGUGUUAUCACUUCUGGUUUAAAGAAAGCAUUCAAGAAGUGGAAUGAAAACAUUACUAAAACUGGAUGCACGGGCGAUAGCCCGUGCAUUGAAUGUGAAUGGAAUGAUGACAGCAUUAACAAUUGCCCAACUGCCACAAAUGGCGGCACAGAGGAGGUAGAAAAGAAGUUAAAUGCACUUGAAAACGACAUGAAAACCACUGCAACUAACACCCAGAACAAAAUAAACGACACGAAGACCUUAUGUCAACAACUCCAAUGUGCUGCCCCCAAAUGGUUCCAAAACCAAAUGAUCAACACAGCAGGAACGAAUAGUGGUACUGCUAAUAAGAAGACUUGGUGUGAAUUUUGGGAGAAGGGCGUCGGGGAAGUCCUGAAGGAAAUGUUCGAGAAGAUCGCCUCAGAAGGACAGAACAAAGAAAGGCCAAUCACUAUUAACGCAAUAUGCCGAGGCUUCGGUGAUGGUAAUGAACAUAGUGUUGAAAGAAAAGCUUGUAAUCACAUCGUGGCGGGACUACAGCACAUUAAAAAAAUUACAACUAGUACUGCUUCGUCUAAUGAUCAAAACAAGCAACUGCUUGAACAAGCAGUUGGUUGUAUUGCUCUUAACCUUUAUGCUGAUCAAAUAAUUAAAAAGUCGGAAGGGAAAUGUCCCAUUGAUGAAUCUAAAAUAAAAAAAAUGUUCGAUGCUUGGAAUGGAAGUAAUAUUAAUUUUUCGUCUUGGACUUCGUGUUCAACUGGGGAUAAUAGUUGUUUUGAGUGUGGAAGACAUCCAAAUUUUAAUGGUUGCGAACUAAGUGUUUCCAGCUCUUUGUUUAAUACACCAUCAUCAACACAAAAUGGAACUUGCAAAACUGACGAAACUAAAGUGACGACUCAAAUUGGCGGUCUCCUCAACGAAGAGAACAAGAUCCCCCAAGUGAAUAAAACAUUAUCCACCAUAAAUAAAAUGGACUCUUUCUGUAGUAAAAUGCAAUGUGCAGCAAAACAGUACUACUCCAAAAAAAUCAAGCCUCGUGGAAAAAGCACCGAUGUGUCUUGGG